AUGCCCUUUCCCACCAUUUCCAACGCAUCCCUCUUCGAGGAUGCAUUGCAAUCCAACGAGGCAAUGGAAGUGCCCGUUGGCGCAGUCGAUUUUGUCUCGUUCACGAGUGGACAGCCAAUAAGAACAAUUGGCACAAGGGGCUUGAAUGGCGGUUCUGCUGUUGUACUCGUUUCUACCAAAGGUGCCAUUUUAGCUAACGUUCCUCUGCCCACCUAUAGCGUGGACGAACCUAAUUCUGGCCUAGCACAUAAAGGGUUCUUUCUGGACCCAGACGAGAAAAGGGCGGCGAUAGUUUGCCGAUUCUCUCCGAGCCAUACACCCUUCUCGCAAUACAACACGAUCUUUGAGUCCGUCCUUUCGAGUACGUUGGGAGUUAUCGCGAAGCCUAAGGUUAUCUCAUAUGUGUUUGAAGAGGGCGGCCACAAUCAGCCUGAUAGGGGUUCUGUCUUUAUUGAUGGAAGAAAUGAACCUCCAAAGGUGCCUGCCAUUCGUUGUGCUCUGUUAUUGGCCUUCAACUUCAAAGAGCGAACUCCAGUUUUUCGGAGUACUAAGCGUGGGAUGGCAGAGCGUAUGGGGGCCGCGGGAAGAUUCGGCAGGAGCCGGAGCCGUAGCGCGGCCCAACUGGAGUGA